GCUGCUGUUGGUGCCGGUGUCCGGGUUCGGUGUCCGGUGUCCGGUGUCCCGAUGGCCGCCUCUGGCUGCGGGGACAGUGAGCGCUGAACUGGGACAUGGAGAUUAGCCCGGUUUAUAUCACCCUGGAGCUGCUGAUUGCUGUGCUCGCCAUCCUGGGCAAUGUGCUGGUUUGCUGGGCUGUGUCUACCAACAAGAACCUGAAGACGGCCACUAACUAUUUCCUGGUCUCUCUGGCUGUGGCUGACAUCGCGGUCGGAGCUUUCGCCAUUCCAUUCGCCAUCAUCAUCAGCAUCGGGAUGGACACCGACUUCCACGGCUGCCUCUUCCUCGUCUGCUUCGUCCUGGUCCUGACCCAGAGCUCAAUCUUCAGCCUCCUGGCUGUAGCAAUCGACAGGUACCUGUCAGUCAGCACCCACCUCAGAUAUAAGGGGCUGAUAACUGGGAGACGUGCCAGGCUGAUUAUAGCGGUCUUCUGGAUCCUGUCCUUUGUGAUUGGUUUGACUCCGUUUUUUGGCUGGAAUCAGAGGAAUGAAGUGCCGAUAAAUUGCAGAAAUAGCACACAGCUGGCGAACAACUCUGGCCUCUGGAACUGCUCAGUGAAAUGUCUCUUUCUGAACGUGGUCAAUAUGAAAUAUAUGGUUUACUUCAACUUUCUGGGCUGCGUCCUGACACCACUGCUGAUCAUGUUGGGCAUUUAUGUAAAAAUCUUCACUGUUGCUCGAAAGCAGCUACAAAAGAUUGAGCUGAAUUCUGUAAAUUCUGACACUUCCCGGACAUACUUACAGAAUCAAGUAAGAGUUGCAAAAUCACUCUCCAUCAUUGUCGGGUUCUUCGCUUUCUGCUGGCUUCCACUUCACAUCCUCAACUGCAUUAAUCAUUUUCACCCACAGUAUUUCAAAACCAUGAACUUGCGUAUCAUGAAUGCUGCCAUCGUUCUGUCUCAUGCAAACUCUGUUGGGAAUCCCAUCAUCUAUGCCUACAAGAUUCAAGAAUUUCGCAACACCUUCCAUAAAAUUAUUUUCAAAUGGAUUCUGUGCAGGACAGACAAUGAGUUUAAGCCUGACACUCUGGGUGGAACACACCCAUAAAGGGGUCAGAGAUGUUAUCAUGAAUGUCUGGGUAACCUGUGGACAUCAUAUUUAUACGUACUGUUUACUGACAUACCUAACAUCUGUCUUUGUACAUUAAUUGUAGGGGUAACUCUUUGGGUAAGAAAAGGAUAACAUUGCAAUCAAAGGAAGCUGUCAAAAUGUGAAAUACUUCAGCAUUACCUCAAAUCUGAUUCCAACCCUGCAAAUAACUUUUCUCCAAGGUAGAGUUUCUAAACAGAGAUGGACUAGGGGAGACUCAUAAAGUAUUUGCAAACUAGAUUACUGCCAUAGCUCUGAGAUCCAUUGCACUCACACUUUUCAAGGAUGUUACUGCUGGCCUUAGUGUGGUGUGGUUGGUAAUCCUAAUCUGUCAAACAGGGACGGAAUUGUCCUAUCAGAUCUCCACAGUAAGACAUAUUCAUGCAUCUUGAAGUUGUGAAAGCAGAGAUUGUCUUGUUGACUCCACGGUGCAGCAGUAUUUCAAAGCAGCACCACCUUUAUUCCAAAGCAAAUGCUAUUUGCCAACUCUCAAUAAAGUGACAAAUUUGUUCUGAAAAGUGUCCUAACACAAAGCCACAAUCAAUCAUUGUGGGUCAGAAUACAUCAGGGGCAAUUCUAGGUUGUAUAUCAGUGGGGAAAAGGGGACAUAGCUGAUGCUAAAGGCAAAACCGGAAUGACAGCACAAUAUUCUGUCAUCUCUUUCCCUGCUGCCUCCAAGUCAAAGCAUCACAAUAAUAUCAUGGCCUUGAAAUUCCAUGGGCACCAAUUCCAGUGGCUAUAUUGGAACUGUGUCCAUCAAUGCCCCCUCAUACUGAUUGACAGCAGUUGUGGGGUCAGUGGGAAGGUAUCUCAUGUAUGAGGUCAACAGGAGAAUUCACCCAUGGGACACUGGCUACCCUAUGCUAGCAGAAAUUCCAUUACGCCAUCCCCUUGUAAGGGAGGAUAGGUUGCCCAGGGAACUCCCUAGACCACAAUACUGCUCUGAUUAGAACAUGUUUGCGGUCCAGUCUGGAGUCUACUCGUGAGGCCCAUAUGUAUCAUUGGCCAGGCAUCUAUAUGCCCACAUUUCAUCUGUUGCGCCGGCCAGCUCUGACGCAACAGGACAAGGAAUUUGCAGCCUUUCGCUUGGCAUAUGACGGACUAAGAUUUUGCCUCUUGACUGCUGCUCAGUUUGGGAUCAACCAGAGCCACUCAGCUCCUGACCUCAUUACAGCCUUGGUCCAAACAUGGACGAAAGAGCUGAACUCUAGA